UCUUUGUUCUACACACACACACACUCUCUCUCUCUCUCUCUCUCUCUGUUUCUGACAACAAACCUCUCUUUGAAUCCAAGUUUUCUCAUCGACGAAACCUCUAACAACUUGAGUCUCUCACUGUCUCAUUUUUUUCUUUUCCCAGUGUUUUGCUUUCAUGGGUUGUUGCAGAUUUGUAGAUUUACCUUUAAGCUAUCUUUAAUUUCGUGCUUCAUUUAAACCCUUUUGGUUAAUCUCUCCGUUCAUAAACCCACAAUUGUACCUUUUUCUUUUCUUUUCUCUUCUCUUCUUUUCUUUUCCAACUCGAUGAGUUCUUGAGAGAUUGUGGAGUUGCAGAGAAAAUGAGGCCAUUCAGUGUAUUUCAACUUGUAUGGGCUUGUUUGGGACUCUUUCUUGUGACCUGUGAAGCCUUUGCUACAAAUGAAGAGUAUGCUCUUUCUGCCUUCAAGGAAGCUAUAAAUGAGGACCCACUUCUGGUUUUGUCAAAUUGGAAUACCCUAGAUGAAAACCCUUGUGAUUGGUCUGGCAUUUCCUGUUCUGUGGCUCAAGAUCAUGUCUUGAAGAUAAACAUUUCUGGGUCAUCAUUGAAAGGUUUUCUUGCUCCAGAAUUGGGCUUACUCUCUUCCUUGAGAGAACUAGUUUUGCACGGAAACAAUUUGAUUGGUGUAAUACCCAAAGAAAUUUGCAUGUUGAAAUACCUGAGGGUCUUGGAUUUGGGAAUGAAUCGGCUAUUGGGUCCAAUUCCUCCUGAAAUUGGGAAUUUGACCAGCCUCAUGAAAAUAAAUCUGCAAUCCAAUGGAUUGAUGGGGACACUCCCUCCUGAACUUGGCAAUUUGAAGUACCUCGAGGAACUUCGACUAGAUAGGAAUAAGCUUCAAGGAUUUGUUCCUGGAAGUAACAACUCAGAUUUUACAUCCACCGGUCAUGGGAUGUAUGCCUCAAGUUGGAACACUACUGGUUUGUGUCGUUCAUCGCAAUUAAAAGUUGCUGAUUUCUCAUACAACUUCUUUGUUGGGAGCAUACCCAAGUGCCUGGAGUACCUUCCUAGCUCAAGCUUUCAAGGAAACUGCCUUCAAGAUAAUGAUCCCAAACAGCGCCUUACUCCACAAUGUGGUGGUGCUCCACCUGCCAAACACCGUUCAGGAGUCAACCCAAACAACCGGCCUGCUCAAGAUGGAACUAAGCAUCAGGCAACUUUGAAACCCAUCUCAGCUUCAAAACCUGCCUGGCUUUUAGCUCUGGAAAUAGCAACCGGAACCAUGGUGGGGUCUAUCUUCCUUGUUGCUCUCCUCACCGCUCUCCAGAGGUGCAAAAGCAAUUCUUCGAUCACUAUCCCUUGGAAGAAAUCUGCAAGCGAUAACGGCCACAUGACUACAUAUAUUGAAUCAGAGAUGUUGAAGGAUGUAUUGAGAUUUAGCAGACAAGAACUUGAAGUCGCAUGCGAAGAUUUUAGCAACAUUAUCGGGGCCUCUCCAGACAGUAUAGUCUACAAAGGCACCAUCCAAGGCGGGCCCGAGAUUGCUGUUAUAUCCCUUUGCAUUAAAGAAGAGAAUUGGGCAGGCUAUCUCGAGCUUUAUUUUCAGAGAGAGGUGGCUGAUUUGGCAAGAUUAAACCAUGAGAAUACGGGAAAGCUACUUGGUUAUUGCAGAGAGAGUAAUCCAUUUACGAGGAUGCUGGUUUUUGAGUAUGCAUCAAAUGGGACACUGUAUGAGCACCUCCAUUAUGGAGAAGGAUGCCAGUUAACUUGGACACGGCGAAUGAAACUUGUUAUAGGCAUUGCUCGGGGACUAAACUAUCUUCACGCAGAACUUGACCCGCCAUUUACUAUAUCUGAGUUGAAUUCUAGUGCUGUAUAUCUUACAGAAGAUUUGUCUCCCAAGCUGGUUGAUUUCGAAAGUUGGAAGUCGAUUCUUUCGAGAUCAGAAAAGAACUCUGGCUCUAUUGGCCAUGAAGGCACUGUCAGUGUUCUUCCCAAUUCGCUAGAGGCACGCCAUCUGGACUUCCAAGGGAACAUUUAUGCCUUCGGUGUACUUUUACUGGAAAUAGUUAGCGGGAGACCUCCUUAUUGCAAGGACAAAGGUUGUUUGGUAGAUUGGGCUAAGGAUUUUCUUGAACUGCCGGAUCUAAUGUCAUCUGUGGUGGAUCCUGAGUUGAAGCAUUUCAGAUUUGAUGAUCUCCGGGUAAUAUGUGAGGUGGUGACUCUUUGCAUUAGUCCAGAUCCCUCAAAACCCAUGUCAAUGGAGGAAUUGUGCACGAUAUUGGAGAGCAAAAUCGACACGUCUGUAUCUGCUGAGCUUAAGGCAUCGUCUUUGGCAUGGGCAGAGCUUGCGCUUUCAUCUAACUGAGUUGAAGCUAACAACACAGACAUACUGUAAAUCUGAAAUACAGAAUUGUAUUACUCUUUUCCUUUUUUAGUUUUUGUUUUUUUGGUGGUUUUUUUUUUUCAUGCUAAAAGAAAAGAGAGUUUCAUGCAUGGAAAAUCCCCAUUUCUUUGUAAACAGUUGAUCAGUUUAUUCAUGAAAUUACUUGAUAGUAAAAGAAGACCUUGUUACAAAAAAUAAAAUAAAGGCCAGUGUUGCAUCUA